ACGAGGAUAAAAAACCAAAAGGAUUCUGAUCGAACCUCUGCUUUCUCGUUUGUUCUUGUUGUUGCUACUGUUCACCUUCUUGGCUCCGUGCCCAAGAACAGAGCUUGGGUGAGAUUAAUGUAGGGAAGGGGCUUUGAAGAUAGCGAUGUUGGCAAUGGAGAAGGAUUUUGAUGCUAAGUUGAUGAUUCAGGGCAACGGUUCUAAUGGCGCCAAUGUUCCGAGAUCCAAGAGCUUUUCCUUUCGUGCUCCUCAGGAGAAUUUUACAAUCCAGGAUUUUGAAUUGGGGAAGAUAUAUGGAGUUGGUUCAUAUUCCAAGGUUGUAAGGGCGAAGAAGAAGGACACAGGAACUGUAUAUGCAUUGAAGAUAAUGGACAAAAAAUUCAUCACCAAAGAAAAUAAAACUGCUUAUGUGAAGUUGGAAAGAAUUGUUCUUGAUCAGUUGGAUCAUCCUGGUGUUGUCAGACUAUUUUUUACCUUUCAGGAUACUUUUUCUUUGUACAUGGCAUUGGAGUCUUGUGAAGGCGGAGAACUUUUUGAUCAGAUAACUAGGAAAGGUCGUCUGUCAGAGGAAGAAGCUCGGUUUUAUACGGCCGAAGUGGUCGAUGCCCUCGAAUACAUACACAACAUGGGAUUGAUACACCGAGAUAUCAAGCCUGAAAAUUUGCUACUUACUUCUGAUGGACAUAUCAAAAUAGCUGAUUUUGGCAGUGUAAAGCCGAUGGUCGAUAGUCGAAUUACGGUUCUUCCAAAUGCAGCAUCGGAUGAUAAAGCUUGUACAUUUGUGGGCACUGCUGCAUAUGUUCCUCCAGAAGUCCUUAAUUCUUCCCCUGCAACUUUUGGAAAUGACCUUUGGGCUCUCGGGUGCACCGUGUACCAGAUGCUGUCGGGGACCUCUCCUUUUAAGGAUGCAAGUGAGUGGCUUAUUUUCCAAAAAAUUGUAGCACGAGAUAUAAAAUUCCCGAGCUAUUUUUCGGAGCAAGCCAGGGAUCUCAUCGACCACCUAUUGGAUUUAGAUCCGAUCAAGAGACCGGGCGCCGGAGCUGAGGGCUAUGCAUCCCUCAAGAAUCAUCCCUUCUUUGAUGGGGUUGAUUGGAAGAACAUAAGAACACAAACCCCUCCCAGGCUUGCUUUAGAAGCUUCGACCAAUUCAAACGAGACCGACGAUGGCACCGAGUCCUCUUGGAAUCCUUCACAUAUUGGUGACAGUACAUCGAGACAAAACGAUGGGAAUGCUGGUUCUGCAUCAACUUCCGAAGGAUCAAAUCAUAUUACUCGACUUGCAUCGAUAGACUCCUUCGAUUCAAAAUGGCAACAAUUCCUUGAUCCUGGAGAAUCUGUUCUUAUGAUCUCAAUGGUGAAAAAAAUUCAAAAGCUAUCAAGCAAAAAGGUUCAGCUCAUCCUCACCAACAAACCAAAGUUGAUUUAUGUUGAUCCUUCAAAGCUUAUUGUGAAGGGGAAUAUCAUUUGGUCUGACAAUCCUAAUGAUCUCAACAUUCAAGUGACCAGUCCUUCAAAUUUCAAGAUCUGCACACCAAAAAAGAUUGCCUCUUUUGAGGACGCGAAACAUCGAGCAUGGCAGUGGAAGAAGGCGAUCGAGGGGCUUCAGAAUCGGUGAAUCGUUUGUGUUCGGUGACGCAUUCUUUGGAAGAGUUUAUUUUAAAGAGUAAAAAAAAAAAAAAAAAAUUAGUGGAAGAAAAUAUGAGGUAAUCCCACCCACCCUGCAUCAACCCCAAAAGAAGAAAGCUGGAAGGGAAAGAAGAAGAAAGAGAUGAUGAUAUUCUUAUAUCUUUGGAGUCUUUAUAAUAUGUCCUGCAAUUAAUACAUGUAUUCAAGAAACCUAUCACUCAUCAAUGAAAUUUACUAUUAUAUGAA